AUGAAGAAACAUUAUGAUAUGUCCCAGAAAUCUCUGUACCCCAGAAAACUUAACUUCAACCCAAACUUAAUAGAUUGUGGUGUUAACAUAUUUCUGAAUAGAAGAAGCUGCAUGACUGCCAUCCUUCAGAUCAUCCAAGAGGAGUUCCCUGAACUGCUGUCUUUGAACUUGAGCAACAACAAAAUACACUGGCUAGAUGGCCUGUCUGAAUUAAUAGAGAAGGCACCCCAAAUCAAGAUUUUGAACCUGUCAAGAAAUUGGCUAAAGACAGAAUGGGAGUUGGAGAAGAUGAAAGGGCUGAAGCUGGAAGAGCUCUGGCUAGAAGACAACCCCUUGUGCAGCACCUUCCCAGACCAUACUAGGUUGUCCUGCCCCAGGCAGUGGUCUAAGAUCCUGGGUAAUGCUGACGUGGACAUCCCUUCCUUGCCUACCUACCUGUGGACCAACUUGCUCAUCAUCCUACCUAGCACGCCUUCUCUUGAGACUCUGAGGAAGAGGAGGGUGGCAAGGAGAGGAGUAAUCCCUGAAUCCUGGGAUGCCAAUGUGGCUUUUUGGGGCCCUGGAGAAAGGAGCCAGUACAGUGUGGGUGGAAGCUACCCAGACAUGGGAGGAAGAUAUUACUCGAUCUAUGACUAUGGUGAUCGACACAAUCUCCUCAGUGCUUACCAUGCAGAGGUCUGCUUCUCCCUGACCACUGCUUUCCACACCGAUGAGGCAGACUCGAGCAGCUUAGAAGUGUACUUCAAGGAUAGCAGGAACAUAAAGAAGCUCAAGGACUCCUUUUUGCGGAUGCAGCUGCUGAAGUACUGGAAAAGUAACAUUGUGACCUGCCUCCAUGAACUGCCAAAAUCUCAGCAUGAUUUAAAUUCCUAUGUAGUACAUUUUUGUACGCAGACAAGCCUUAGGUUACUAUUUUCUUUCUCUUCAGGAAAAAAAAUGAUCUGCUUUUCUAUCAAUGGAGUAUUCAAGGAAGUGGAAGGAAAGUCUGAGGGAUGUAUUCGUGCCUUCACCCGGAUAUUCAUCUUAACUUCUGGCAGACAUAACAGGCUGUGCAUUGUGAAUGAUGAGAUGAUUCUGAGGAAUGCCAGCCCUGAAGAGACCAAGAAGGCUUUCUCUACCACCAUGCCUACAACUUCCUUUACCCAGAGUUGUUGUCGGAAGAUGAAGGAUUCCUCUACCCAGACUGAUUCUCCUCCUGCUGCGGGCCUCCGUGACGACCUAGCCGCGCCUACUGCGUCCAGGCGGAGGCAGGCAGAUGUUGUUCAGUCGCUUUCUGGUGGUUCCCCGGAAGCGUUAGGUGCCAGAGAGGAGAGAGUAUCGAAAAGUGAUAGUCAUUUGCUUAUCACAACCCUUCACGUGAUAAAGCAGGCAUCUUGUCCCAAGUGUCUGGCAAGCCUAGAGUCGCCGCCAUUGUCUCUGCUCCCAGUGCCUGACUGCUGA